AUGGAUCGCAGCCCUGAGUUUCCCUUCAAAUCAUGGUAUUGGACAAACCAUGUCGAAGGUUCUCACCCUCAAUUCCCCCAGCCCAGCAUGAGCUAUGGGGGACCAUCUACAAAUUACACAGGCAGCGUGCUAGAUUUUACCAGUUAUUCACUUCAGCAAGGUAUAGAUAGCCCUAGAGGUGUAUCAGGUGGUGACAGACCCACGGAGGGUGCCUCUACUCUGUCCCAUGCCCCUACAUUAGCACCCAUGCUGCCCCCUCUAGACAACAACAUCGGUGAGACCUCAAAUCAAGGCUCCCGACGAAACAAGUACGGUCGCCUUGACUGGGAUGGCCACCGCGAUGUCUUGAAGAAGUAUUACUUGACGGAGAAUAAAACUCUCCCGGAAACGAUGGAGAUAAUGAAAUCUCAAUAUGGUUUCGAGGCAUCAUUUAGAAAAAAACUAUACAAAGACCGUUUUCGAGCUUGGAAUUGGAACAAGAACUUGCCUACCCAAAUUGCAGAGUUCAUGGAUGCAAAGCUCAAGCAGAGGCAGGAAACCGGCAGCCAAACCAUCUUUGUGUAUGGAGAAAGGACGUGGGAUAGGUCUCGUGUUGAGUCUACGUUGUCUCGUAGCAAACGCCGACGUACUGCCAAUGAACCAAUUGACAUGAGCACCCCUGCAGGAGUAAAAUAUGAGACGCCACGUGAAGUGCGUGACUCCUCCUCUGAGUCAACCGAUUCAGAGGAUUCCCAGAAUGAUAUAACAGUAUCCCAGCAAGGAAACCCAAGUCCCAGUCUGACUGUGGUCGAUGACGAUCAAGCGCCUUCGCUGACAUGGAACGGCCAUACAAGAUCGCAGGUUCUCCAUCUUUUGGACGACGCUCGCGGAUUUUCUAUGGAGGGAGAAGCCGAAGCUGCUGAACAGACAUAUAUACGUGCUCUCGAGGGAACAAGACACCUUAUUGGCGUUAUCCAUAAAGAAUCCAAUAAAGUUGCAUAUGAGCUGGCCAAUUUCUAUGCCCAAGCAGGCUCACACAAAGAAGCGGAUGCAAUUUUGGAUGAAGUGACUCGACUUCAUUUUAAAAAACUAGGCCCGGAGCACAAGAGAACACAACAGCACGUCAUUGACUGUGUGGAGCUCCUGAAUACCUGGAACCGUCAAGACGACGCCCUUGGACUCAUGGCUCACUCUAAAGAGAUCCUAGAGUCUCGCCAAGCUGGCCCACGACGCCGCCGCAAUAGACGGAACAAGAAUAAUUCCAAAGGGAAGACCCUGGCCAUCAUGCCAGCAGCAUCCAACGGCUCAGUUGAUCUUCCGGGUCGCAUUCCCGCCUCCGCCAGCGGUGAGGAUAUUCAGCAUCUCCUUGAAGUGGCACAUUCGCAUGUUGAUUCUCAUGACGAGCAUGUUGAAACCCUACUCUUGGGUCUGAUUGAUCAUUGCGAGAAGGAUUUACCAAAACUCUUUCGCGAGUACCUGCAAGCCCAUGGGGAAUUGUUGGGCCUUUAUGGGAAGCUACGAACUGCCGAGCUCCACAAGGCUGCUUUCGAGACCGCCCGGAUAGUACUGUCUCGAGUUUGGGUCGAGUACGUCUGGGAUGAGAAGAAGUAUGAGUCCUUUGAAAUAAUAGAGGCAUACUUGCAAGUUGUGACCAAUAUGGUCAAGUGUGGAUACAAGGGCAUGGCCAGACGCCUCUUUCAUGAGGCAGCUGAGAAGGCAGAAGUCCUCUAUGAUCCUACUGACGAACGGUGUAUCUGGAUCAGUAUCACGAUUGGGUUAGUGUAUCAAACGUAUCAUGGCUGGGAUGAAGCAGAGGAAUGGUUCGACCGCGCAUAUGCAGGCGCUCUAGGAAGUAAAUGGGGAGAAGAUGAUGGGAUCGUUAGAUCGUUGGAGACUGCGCGGGGGAAGAAGCACUUUUCCUACCUUACUGAUGAGGGCCGACCUUUCAAGACUGUUUUUGGUGUUUCGGGACUCACUAUUCGUCCUAAGAGGCUGCAUCUGGAGUGA